AUGCAGCAGUACCCUCAGGGGGGGAGCUACCGCGGUGGCUACAGAGGUGGCGGUUUUCGAGGUCGUGGGAGAGGUGGCUUCAAGAAUUCUCAUUGGAACUCAGGCCUUCCUUCAAGAGGACACCACGACGAUUUAGGCAAUGAACGCUUCAGCAAUGUGGACGACCACGGAAAUACAGGCCCUGAGCCUAUGGGUGUUCAGGAAGGAGUAUUCCAAUCUCACGAUGAAUUGGGCGAAGACAGCAGCCAGAGUGUUGAAGACAGAGCAAACCCAUUGACUACCCCCAACAGACCGCCCCCAUCUGGUCCAGGAGGGUCAUCUGGUAGCAAGUUCAGUUUUGCCUUUAAACCUUCAUCAAAGCCAGUGGUCACUGCCCCAAAGCCUGAGAUAUCACAAAAGUUGAAUGCUGCACCUCGACGAGAACCUCAGCCUGAGAAUCGAGAGAGAGAUCGGGCCCGAGAUCAAGAGCGCGAACCUCCCCGAAGUGCACCGACAGAGCCAGCUUCCUCACGGUCACGCCACGAGCGUCGCCAUCCUCCCGAAGGCCCUAAAGUUGCGCCCCGUAUGCGUAAGGUGAUGAAAAUCAUGAAGCGACCAAAGCCAAGACCGACUCUACCAGCUGAUCUAGUGGACUCGGAAUCUGUCUUCUUCAGAAAACCCGGAAACGAGUCAGUCGUUGGCUCUGGUACUUAUGGCAAAGUUUUCAAGGGCCUGAAUGUUUACACAAAGGGGAUGGUCGCCCUCAAACGAAUUCGAAUGGAAGGCGAGCGUGAUGGGUUUCCCGUCACAGCUAUCCGAGAAAUCAAGCUUCUCCAGUCUCUCAGACAUGUCAAUAUCGUCAAUCUUCAGGAGGUCAUGGUCGAAAAAAAUGAUUGUUUUAUGGUGUUUGAAUACCUGUCGCAUGACCUCACGGGGCUGCUGAAUCACCCUACAUUCAAACUGGAGACGGCUCAAAAGAAAGACCUCGCCAAACAGAUGUUCGAGGGCUUGGAUUAUCUCCAUACGCGAGGGGUACUCCAUCGCGAUAUAAAGGCUGCAAAUAUACUCGUCAGUAACGAAGGAGUCCUCAAGAUUGCUGAUUUUGGCCUCGCCCGAUUCUACGCCAAGCGUCACCAGCUGGACUACACCAAUCGAGUCAUCACCAUCUGGUAUCGCUCGCCAGAGCUAUUACUUGGCGAGACUAAGUACACUGCUGCUGUUGAUGUAUGGAGUGCAGCAUGCGUCAUGGUUGAGAUUUUUGAUCGAAAUGCCAUCUUCCCAGGGGACGGGACCGAGCUAAGCCAACUGGAAAAGAUCUAUAACAUGAUGGGCACGCCGAACUUGAAAGACUGGCCCAAUCUCAUUGAUAUGGCUUGGUUUGAACUUUUGCGCCCAACUGUGAAGAGAAGGAAUGUCUUCGCAGAGAAGUACCGUGAUAAAAUGUCACCAGCCGCCUUCGACCUGCUCUCCGCCAUGUUCCAUUACGACCCCGCAAAACGGCCCAGCGCUGCACAGGUACUCCAACAUGCAUACUUUACGGAAGAAGCACCAGUAGCCCGCCAGGCUACAGAACUCGCAACACAUAAUGACUGGCAUGAAUUCGAGUCUAAAGCCCUGAGAAAGGAGAACGAUCGACGCGAGAGAGAAGCCAGAAAGCUGGCUAAAGAGACUGCCGGGCGGGACAAAGAGAAAGACAAGAAGCGCUUUAACGAAGGGACCGACCAGCGCGACACAAAGCGGUUGCAGGUUGAUAAGAAUGGUGGAAACAAGCCCAUGCCGGCAGUCGCACCACCGAACUCGACCGCUGAGCCGUAA